AUUUGCGCACGGAUUUUAAAUACAAAGGAACAACUGGCGGAUUUUCAGUUGUAGAGCAUUUAAUUUGUGCAGAGCGGGUCUCAGCUGAAAGUUAGCUCAGCGGCUAAAAGGAGGGAAGAAAGUGUCAGUUUUGGAUACUGAUAAUCAAGCAUAAGACAUUUACAUACUGCACUGUGUGUAUGUUUCACUGCAAGAAAGUCACCAUGAAAUGCCCUCGCUACAAUGCGACCAAGGUCGACAAUGUGGAGAAAAGCUGCGCUGCUAUGGCCACUGCAGAUUCAAAGGUCCUUCAUUUUAAAGGCUCCCCUGUGGACAAAGAGCCCACCCCCAUCAAACCUCAGUGUCCACCUGCAGGAGUGACCACAGUGUUGUUGUCGUCUCUCAACAACAACACCAGAGCAUUGCACAACAAGGAAAACAGCACCAUCAGAGAGCAUGACAGGACUCUGGAAGAAGGCUUUGAAGACAGCGGCUAUCUGUCUUUGCAUAACAGUCAGAUUGAUGAUCACUGUGGGGAUGAAGAGGACGAUCACAUCCAGGGAAAAUCCACGACCCUCCUGCUUUCUGCGGCUGCUACACAUCAAGGAAAGACAAUAUCCCCAAGGAGUUCUCCUUCCAAAUGUCAAAGGAGCGCAAACACUAGUUGUCCAGUGUCUUUGGUGGAAGCUUCCUCGCCUGUAAGUCAUCAUAGGAGAAGGACACCAGUAUGUUCGCUGUCAUCCAACAGUGUCAACCUGCCUAUACUGAACUUCCAAGAGGCGGUGUGUGAAGGGCUUGCCAAGAGCUAUCGAAAGAAUAAGAGGUAUGAUUGGAGCAUCAUCACAAAGAUAGCAGAGGAUCAUCUGUUGGAUCGGGUGAUCGGAGGCAAGAUGGGCCAAGAGUAUGUCGACUUCUUUUCAGCUCUUCUGGCCAGAAACAUGAGAAGCAUCCUGAGCAACAUCCUGGCCCUGCUGGGAGACAUGGACCUCAUUAGCUGUAAGAAAGUGAGCAAGACAUGGAGGAAGAUAAUCUGUGAGGAUACAGCAGCCCUGAUUAGGUGUCAAAGAGCUGAGCAGGCACUCAGGGAGUCCAGGAGAUCUCUGAGACAAAAGGGCUGCGGUCUUACUAGAGAUGUGGCUGUGUCCCGGGUGGUGCUGUCGUGCAUGCAGACCCUGGCCUCCUCAAGCACCUCAUCAUCAUCCCCACCGCCAUCUUCAUCCUCCUCUUCCUUAUCCACACUGAGCUGCAGGGCCAGCAGACGGGCGGCCCCCUCUCAGAAGAGCAGCACCCCCAACUCCCAAUGCAGACGCUUCAAUGAGUACAUGCAGGCCGCCAGCAAUCUGAAGCAACACGAGUCCCUGCGUUCCUGCAAGCGUUGCGGCUCACCGGCGAAACAUUUGGCCGAGGCUCAGAGGGCUACGUGCACACGCCCCAGCUGUCUCUUCGACUUCUGCACCCACUGUCAGGAGGCCUUCCAUGGCUCCACCCCCUGCAGAGUGGUGCGGCCCCGACCCCACAUCCCAUCCACCAAGUCGACUCCGCUCGUACCGGGCAGCGCUCGCAGCAAGAGGAGCAUCAGGCGCCUGUGACUGAGAUUUCCUGAGGUUUUAUUCACAGACUGUUUUAACUUUGCUCAGACAGCGUGGAAAGUUUUAACACAAGCUCAGCCUGUAAGGGCUUCUGCAUGUGUCAUUUAAACUUUGCUACGUGUUGAACUGAAUCAUCUGACUGAGGCACUUGGCAAAACACUGCUGGGACAAUCAACCAGAAAGUGUCAUCUGGCUAAACCUGCUGUCGUCUGUAAGCGACAAACGAUGCCAAAAAAAGAAAGAAUUGCGUCCUACUAAGCUUUAAAUUGUACAGUUUUAUUAUGUUUUAAAAUGAAACAGAUGUUAAUGUAUUGUAUUUUAAAUAGUUUUGUAUGUUUUUUUAAAUAAAUGUUGAUCCUUGAGAUGUCUUUAAAUGUUCAUAUUUACUGUAUUUCCUGUAAAUAGAUGUUUCAUAAAACUCA